AUGCCGCAAGCUCCACCUCCCGCACUGUCCAUCGAACCCCGAGCCAAGCCAAAAGCGAUCGAGUCCACAUCAGAGCAACCGACUCCUGUCCUUCCCAUGUCUCAGAGACUUUGGGAUGCUGCGUACAAUAGCCUCGCGGAGGACAAGGAUACCGCAAAGCUUGUCGAGUCGUACAUGGAAACCCUGAACAAAGUUCUAGGGGACAGGACUGUUGAACCCGCCGUCGACGUUUCCUUAACACUGAAAGAUCCGAGCCAGCGGCAGGCGCACAUGAGAAAGCUGGUAGAGGAAGGCCAAGCAAAAAUUUCCAGGCUGUUGAAGAUUACGCAGGGAGUCGGUGAUGCCGCCCAAUUCGUUCUCUCAGCCAAGGCCAUGGUCGACCUGGCGAUCCAGAACAUACCGCAAGCAGCGCUGCCGUGGGCUGGUGUCUGCAUUGGACUGCAG